AUGGAGACGGUUAGCGGUAUACCUGGACACUCGUUUGUGCUUAAAUGGACUAAAAAUAUUUUCUCGCGCACACUGCGUGUGUCUAAUUGUGUGCCUAAACAUGUUGGGUUUAUUAUGGAUGGGAACAGAAGAUUUGCCAAAAAAAAGGAGAUGGCUCUCAAAGAGGGUCACGAGGCCGGGUUCGUCAGUAUGAGUAGGAUCCUGGAACUAUGCUACGAGGCAGGAGUAGAUACGGCUACUGUGUUUGCGUUCUCUAUUGAAAAUUUCAAAAGAAGUUCACGUGAGGUUGAAUCAUUAAUGACUUUAGCGCACGAAAGAAUACGACAACUCACAGAGCGUGGAGAAUUGGCUUGCAAGUACGGGGUGCGCAUUAAAGUCAUUGGCGAUCUUUCAUUAUUGGAUAAGUCCUUGUUGGAAGAUGUUCAAGUGGCUGUAGACGCCACGAAGAACAACAAGAGAGCCACGUUAAACAUUUGCUUCCCGUACACGGGCAGGGAUGAAAUUUUACACGCCAUGAAAGAAACCGUUGCCGAACAUAAGAAGGGUGCUAUUAUAGAUGAAAGUACGUUAGAAUCGCAUCUCUAUACUGCGGGAGUUCCACCUUUAGACUUGUUGAUCAGGACGAGUGGUAUUUCCAGAUUGAGUGACUUUUUAAUAUGGCAGACAUCCAAUAAGGGCGUGCGCAUUGAACUAUUAGAUUGCCUAUGGCCAGAGUUCGGGCCCAUACGGAUGGCAUGGAUCCUAUUAAAGUUCUCAUUCCACAAAUCCUUUUUAAACAAAGAAUAUAGAUUGGAAGAAGGGGAUUAUGAUGGAGAAACACCCGAGGACUCCGUCGACUUGAAAGAAAAGAAGUUGAACUAG